UCCUUUUCGAGAAGAAAAGGGUCCUUCCUUCUAUUUUCUUGUGCUCCUCAAGAAUACCGGUGUCAUUAUAAACGCCGAAGUCGCGCUCGCUGUACUCUUUAUUCGCCGCGUGCGUUUAAUGGGCUUGAGUUCGGGCGAACGCGCACCGUUGCCGGCUCGUCCCUUUUAAACCUCCUUUUAUAGGUUCCUGUUCCUUUCACGAUGUCUUUCCCUCCUCCGCUCAACCGCCAGCCGCUGAGCAUCCCCCAGCUGCCCCCCGGUAUCCCACCGCCACAGUUCGGCACCUUCGGCCCGCCCGUCCCACCAGGUACUCCCAUGAUACCAGUUCACAUGGGUGUCAUGACCCCCUCUCCCUCAGUUCUUGUCCCAACCACAGUCUCUGUUGCACAGAAGCCGAUGCUCCCAAACAAGAUCUCCUUCCGACCCAAGGAGCCAGAGGAUGGCCCCACCACCACCGUCUUUGUGGGCAACAUCUCUGAAAAGGCGUCCGACAUGCUGGUCAGACAGCUGCUGGCGAAAUGUGGAAUUGUUCUUAGUUGGAAACGAGUCCAAGGUGCCUCUGGAAAACUUCAAGCAUUUGGGUUCUGCGAGUAUAAGGAGCCCGAAUCGACGCUGCGCGCCUUACGACUGCUGCACGAGCUGAUGCUGGGUGACAAGAAGCUACUGGUCAAAGUGGAUGCCAAGACCAAGGCGCAGCUGGACGAGUGGAAGGCCAAGAAGAAGAGCGCCAAUGGCGGUGCGAGCGGUGAGGGUAAGAACGACGAGGACGAGGUACUGGACGAAGAAACGCUGCGUCGCGACCAGGCUGCGAAGGGUGCCAUCGAAGUGCUAAUCCGGGAGUAUUCCAGUGAACUUAGUGCAACCUCGGCAGAUGGCAAUGGGCAACUUCGUAAGAAGAGGAAAGACAAGAAAGACGAGGAGGACAUCAACGCCAUGGAGCUGGAGGACGACAAGAGGGACUUGAUUUCCAGAGAGAUCAGCAAAUUCCGCGACACACACAAGAAAUUGGAGGAGGAGAAAGGCAAGAAGGAGAAGGAGCGACAGGAGCUGGAGAAGGAGCGGCGGGAGAAGGAUAAGGAGCGGGAACGCGAGAGGGAGCGCCGCGACAGGGAGAAAGAGAAGGAACGGGAGCGCGAGCGUGACAAGGAGCGCGAGCGUGACCGGGAACGGGACCGGGACAGAGAGCGGGAACGUGAACGGGACCGUGAACGGGAGAGGACGAGGGAGCGCGAAAGGGAGAAGAGUCGAGACAUCAGCGAAGCCCGCAGCCGCUCCAGAGAGAGGACCAGAGAUGACAAAAAAAGAGACCGUGACGAAGAUGAGGAUGAUGUGUACGAGCGCAGGAGACUGGAGAGGAGACUCCGAGAUAAGGAAGCAGCCUAUCAGGAGAGGCUGAAAAACUGGGAACUGCGGGAGAGGAAGAAGUCCCGUGACUACAGCAAGGAAAUGGAGCGGGAGGACGAGCGGAGCCGUGAGACAAUGAAAGAAGCCAAAAGAUUAAAAGAAUUCCUCGAGGACUAUGACGACGACCGGGAUGAUCCCAAAUACUACAGGGGCAGUGCUCUGCAGAAGCGACUCCGCGACCGUGAAAAGGAGACAGAAAUGGACGAGCGGGACCGCAAGCGGGAGAAGGAGGAGCUGGAGGAGAUCCGACAGAGGCUCCUGGCCGAGGGUCACCCCGACCCGGAUGCCGAGAUGCAAAGGAUGGAGGAGGAGGCAGAGCGCAGACGGAAGCCUCCUCUGAAGCUUGAAUCUGAGGAGAAAGUGAAACAGGAGAAAAAAGAGCGAGAGUCCCACCGGGAAUCCCACCGGGAAUCCCACCGGGAAUCCCACCGGGAGUCCCACCGGGAGUCCCACCGGGAGUCCCACAGAGAAUCACACCGGGAAUCACACAGAGAGUCCCACAGAGAACCUCACCGGGAUCGGGAGAAGAGAACGUUGGCAAAGCCCGCCGAGCCGACGCCUCGAGACCCUCCGCCACAUUCGGAAGAGGACGAGGAGAAUGAGGUGGAGGAGCGGCAGCGACGGUGUCGGCGUGAGGAGGAAGAAGAGGAGCGGGAGGAGGAGGAGGAGCAGCAGCAGCAUCAGCAGGAACAGCAACUGCAACAGCAGCAACAGCAACAGCAGCAACAACAGCAGCAACAGCAGCAACAGCAGCAGCAACAGCAGCAACAGCAGCAACAGCAGCAACAGCAGCAGCAGCAGCACGUGGCCCACAAUGGUGGGGAUUCACCGGAGGCUAGGCUGCACCUGAAAGCCCUCAUGCGACCAAUCAACACCGCUCCCUCUGUGUCCUCUGCCAGCGGGAAUGCCACGCCCAACACGCCUGGCAAUGACUCCCCGCGCGGCAUCAUCAUUCCAGGCGAGGGAACGCCUGAGGUGCAGCCUCUCGAGGAGCACCGACCCAAGAUCGGCCUCAGUCUCAAGCUGGGUUCCACUAACAGCCCCAGCCAGCUCCACGCCACUAAGCGCAAGAAGCUGGCGGUCGCCGACAGCGUCUUCAACAAGUUCAACGAUGAGGAGGAGGCCGACGAGCAGCCGCGCAAGAGGAAGCUAGUGCCGCUGGACUAUGGCGACGACGACAAGAGCUUGGGCCUGGAUGGUGCCGACAUGUCAGGUGCCAAAGGCGGCGUCAACACUGAGGAGAAGCGCAAGAACAUCCGAAGCCUCAUUGAGAAAAUCCCCACAGCACGGCCCGAGCUCUUCACCUACCCGCUGGACUGGUCCAUGGUGGACUCGACGCUGAUGGAUCGCCGCAUUAAACCGUGGAUCAACAAGAAAAUCAUUGAAUACAUUGGCGAGGAGGAGGCAACGCUGGUCGACUUCGUCUGUUCAAAGGUGAUGGCGCACAGCACUCCUCAAGGUAUUCUCGAUGACGUCGCCAUGGUUCUCGACGAGGAAGCGGAAGUGUUCAUAGUAAAAAUGUGGCGGUUGUUAAUAUAUGAAACAGAAGCAAAGAAGAUCGGACUGGCAAAAUAAAAAUUCUCUUGGACCGCUAAGCUCACAGUUCCAGCUCACCAGCCUCGGACGACGGGAGCUGCGAACACGGGAAGAAAUGUCACCAUCGCGAUAUUGCAUGAAGAAACCUUAAGUUGUAUUUUUGUUGAGGUUUAAAAAAGAAAAAGGAAAAAAAAAGACAAUUGUAUUUUAAUCAUCUGUUCUCCGGUAAAUCAGUCAUGGUGAAGCACUGCUCAACUGUGUGACCUAAUAAAUACUGUAAGCUUUUUUUAAUGCCA